AUGAAAUACGUCGAUGAAGGGGAUAGCUCUGAUAUCUCUAAGAAGCGAAAUAGGCUCUCUUUUGUAUGCCAAGGCUGCAGAAAGGCUAAAACCAAAUGUGAUAAAGAAAAGCCUGCUUGCUCAAGAUGCCUAAAACAUGGAAUUCGAUGCGUCUAUGAUCUUACAUCCCAAAAAGCACCCAAGAAUCCUAAUAAAGAUGCAAUGAUAGCCCGUUUAGAAAAGGAACUAAGUUAUUGGAAAAAGAAGACGUUAAAACUAACCAAGACAUUACCACCAGUCUCCAGGCAUUUAAUUUCGACUAAUGAACCUGCCAUGGAUAUUGAGCUCUCUUCUUUAAGAGCGAACUGUACUAAUGUUGAAGUUAACUUAUUUAAAGUACAUCCACGUUUGAUUGUCAGUGGUGUAAUAAAACGUGAAGUGAAUCCUUUAUCAGAAAACUAUUUGAUAAUACAAGACAAAUUUACCACAACUGCAAUUGCUUCUGUAUUUCUAAACUAUCAAGGAAGUGCUUUAUUAAGUGCUUUGGCAUCUGACAUGAGUAUUACCAAAACAUCAACAAAUGUUCAAAAUAAUAUUAGUAUAAUAAAAGAAAACUUAUUGAAGCAGUGUCGCAAUGACCUACAAGGGAAGAGAAUAAAACUAUUUGUAAAUAAAUUAGCCCAGAACAUCGAACCUCCACCAGACCUUUUUCAGAAAGGUGAAGAAGCCAAGAAUUUUCUAACAUCUUUAGAUAACAGUUUUGUUGAAGAUUAUUGUCCCAAAGGGGCACCUUAUUCUGAGCUUUUGCAAUCCCUUAUAGAUUCAAUUGAAUCCCUGCUACCACCAUAUGAUAUUAUAAUUGCAUACAAGAAAUGGUAUUAUGACAAUGUUUACUAUAUCGCACCUUUUGUUCACAAGUCUAUUUUCGAGGACGACCUGGCGCAAAUUUUGGUUCGUGACGACAAAGAUCCUCAAAAGGUCAAAGUUGUAUUUGGAAACUCGAAAUUAAGAUCUAAACUAGAAACAAUGUCUAUGCUUUUGUUGGUUAUGAAAUUAGCUUAUACGUCUAUCAUUUUGACUGACGACGAUAUUAGAAAGUAUAGUUCCGUCCUGACUAUGGACAUUGUAAGGAAAUAUCCAAUAUCUAGCGAAGUCGCCCAUGUUGUUCAAAAUUGUCUGUCUGCUGAAAACUGGUGUGCUACACCUAAUGAAAAUAUCAUUUCAUGCCUAUUACUAUUAUGGGCAUUUUUUGUUUUUUCACCUGAUGAAGGUGAUUUCUUUUAUGAGCAGCCGACCGGAGUUUUAGCUAGUAUAGCAAUGAUGCUGGGUGUUUCAAUUGGUCUACACAAGGAUCCCAGCGAUUAUCCAGUCUUUUCAAAUGAUACUUUAGGAGAUAAGAGAGUGUGUAAUCAAAGGAGAUUACUAUGGAUUGCCAUGAUUUGUGUACUGACAUUUGAAACAAACACCAAGGGGUCUACUGUUGAUAAACACGAUGACUUAUUUGAUAUUUUCAUAGAUCUUCGGGACCCAAGCUCUGUAUAUGAGUUAAUGGAUAGAGUGAAAAAAGACUGUGACCAUAAUGACGAAGGAUCAAUAGAAGUUAUGAAUGUUAUUGAAAAUCUAUUUAGGCGAACUCAAACAUCUUAUGCAUUAUACGAUUUAAAUGCCCUUUUAUUAUCUCCAGAUGGCAGAUUUACACUUUCUGAAUAUGAGAUACUUUCUUCAAAGGUUCAUAUAAUGUCGAAAGAGUACAUUGACCUCGUUAGUUCUUAUUCUCCUAAACAUGGUCCAAGUGGUGAUAAAGCAAAACUUCCCUUGUUUUAUAUGCUAAAUUGUUGUGAUGUUUUAUCUGGUAUCAUUUUUCAAUUAAUGAACCUCCGGAUAUCCAUUGCAUUGUUUCUGCAUUUCGAGGAGAGACUAGUCACUGAAGAAAAUGUCAAAAAUCAUUACAUAUAUUUCUUUACCAAACUUUGCUUGGACCUAAUUGCACUAGGGAAUACCAUGGAGAAGUUUUUUGAUGGUACUUUUGAUGCUGUAAUAGCAAAGGCUUCAGACUUUAUAAUAAAAAAAGCUAUACAAGUUGCCAUUAACACCGUUCUUUUUGGCCUGUUGGCUGUUAUUAUGAGAUUCGACCUGGCUGCAAGCAUUUUAUUCAAUGAACUUCAGUCAUUACAGACACAAGGUGUCUAUAAAGAGCAAAUAUACUCAGAAAUGAACUCAAAAAUACAAUUACUUAAUGAUAUGAAAGUGAUUUUUGAAACUCAAUUGAAAAACAUAUAUCACGUAUGUUCUACAUCUUUACGUUUUGAAUACUUCACUAUCUUCAAAAUGUUAACGUUAUUUGAUGCCCUAUUAGAUAGGAUAGAGAAAAACGAACUCUGGAUUGGAAUUUUGAGAAUGGCACACCUAGAUAAUGUCGAUCCUAAAAUAGCAAAGGUGCUAGCAAUUACUCUGAGAAUACAGUUAAUUAGAAAAACUGGUCUUGUUGAAGACAUGCAGCUUCGAAGCCAUCUUGCCCAUUUUGAGUUGGAGAAAAUUACAAAGUUACAUAAGUCUAUGACCAAUUAUAAGAGCAGACUAAAUCUUAUCAACACCUAUAAUGUUGAUUUGGAAUCUACUCCUGAAAGCAGUUUAGAACCGUUAAUACCAAUGAAGGAGGAACCUCUGGUUGUUAUUAAGGAAGAAACUGUAACCCCUAAUUUUUCUAACAGAACAGUUUCACCCAAUCUUCCAAGAAUUAAAUCAGAAGAACCGGUGGAAAUUAUGGCUACACCUGCUACUGGAUUAACACAACUAUCCAAUGCUGCGUUGCUAUCAUCCCAACCAUUAUCAAUACCUGUACUACCCAUUCAAUCUCAACAACCUGCUUCCCAAUCAAAUAGUGACAACCAAGGCCCUGUGAAUGAAAAUAUUCCUACAGCAUUUCCAAUCUUAGGCUCUACUAAUCAGCAAAACCAAAUGAUAAACAACAAUGGCGUUGCUAAUGUUAAUUUGAAUAAUACCGAGGAACCGUUAGCUGAUUUCUUUGGAAUAUCAGCCACUUUAGGUGUGCUUGAUUUCGAAUUUUUAUUGGGUAACCAAUUCCAGUAA